ACCUCACCAUCCCGAAGGUACUACUACCACCCCGUGGCUUUUCGCCUCGGAAAUGCCUAACUAGCCUUCUUCCGACUUUCUUGAUGUGUAUGUGAUUUCAGGAACCAUGAGCGGGAGAAUCCUCUCCCAUCGUCUUGUUCCGCUAUUGCGGACCGGUCUUCUGGCCCGCCAUGUUCAUAAUGCUGCCGCCAGGACCGGCGGUCUUCUUCGCUCCGAUGGCAGCGCCGCUCUACGUGGCCGGGCCUGGCCGGUAGGUGCGAAUGCGAUUCACAAUAAUGUGCCUGCUGUGCGGGCAAUCUCCUUUCACCGGAUACUCCCUAAGCUCGCUAUCAAGCUGGUACGGCUGCCGGCUAUGCUUGGGGGUGCUACGGUAGCGGGGCUAGCUUAUUUCCAGUACCAAGCUACACAGGCAGGAAAUUAUGCUAUCGAUUUGUUCAAACGUGCGGGGGAAACAGCGGGAGAUGCAGCUUCGAGCUUGUUCACGGAGAUUCAGGGCAUUGCCGAACAGACACAACGCGGAUGGCAAAGAACGACUGAUGCCGUGGAACUUCCGGAAUGGUUGCAGAGUAUCAUAAGUCCGAACGAAGAACCUCAGUCCGAUAAUGGUGGCCCUGGAGGAAAACGCCCGAAGGAGAGUCGUCUCGGUGCGGCGGCGGCUGGCGCUACUACUGCCGGAGCUUUCGGUUACGAUGAGUCUAAUGAGGAGGACACUCGGUCGGAAAGAAAGAUUGCGGAGGAUGACCAGAUGAUGCUUCUUACACGGAAGAUGAUCGAGAUCAGGAACAUCCUGCAGACCGUCGGCCAGUCGAAUACCCUGACACUCCCGUCAAUCGUGGUUAUCGGGUCUCAGUCUUCUGGCAAGAGCUCGGUUCUCGAGGCUAUUGUUGGACAUGAGUUCCUUCCGAAAGGCACCAACAUGGUCACCCGGCGGCCGAUCGAGCUGACCCUGGUCAACACACCGAAUGCGCAGGCUGAAUAUGGAGAGUUUCCGGCUCUUGGGUUAGGGAAGAUCACCGACUUUUCUCAGAUUCAGCGGACUUUGACGGAUUUGAACUUGGCCGUUCCGGAGAGGGACUGUGUUUCCGAUGACCCUAUUCAGCUCUCUAUUUACUCUCCUCACGUCCCUGACCUCUCUCUCAUCGACCUUCCGGGCUACAUCCAAGUUGCUGGACAUGAUCAACCCCCUGAGUUGAAACAGAAAAUCUCCGACCUCUGCGACAAGUACAUCCAAGCACCGAAUGUUAUUCUCGCCAUUUCCGCGGCCGAUGUCGAUUUGGCCAACUCGACUGCUCUUAGAGCCAGCCGCAGGGUAGAUCCCAGAGGUGAGAGAACCAUCGGUGUUAUAACGAAGAUGGACCUUGUUGAUCCCGAACGCGGCUACAACGUUCUUUCCGACAAGAAGUACCCUCUCCGCCUGGGCUACGUUGGUGUCGUUAGCCGGAUUCCUCAAACUACAGCACUUUUCUCCAGAGGCAGCGGAAAUAUCACCGGAGCUAUCAUGAAGAAUGAACACGCCUAUUUCUCUGCUCACCCGUCGGAGUUUGGUUCACAAUCGGACGUUUCUGUCGGUGUUUCGACUUUGCGCACAAAGCUCAUGCAUGUUCUCGAGCAGACGAUGGCAUCAAGCCUAGCGGGUACUAGGGAUGCAAUCAGUCAGGAGCUUGAGGAGGCAACCUAUGAGUUCAAGGUUCAAUACAACGAUCGUCCUCUGAGUGCAGAGUCUUAUCUGGCGGAGAGCUUGGAUAGCUUCAAGCACUCGUUCAAGGCGUUUGCUGAAAGCUUCGGCCGCCCUCAGGUCCGCGAAAUGCUCAAGAACGAGCUUGAUCAGCGGGUAAUGGACAUUCUGGCACAAAGGUAUUGGAACAAGCCGAUAGACGAUCUGUCUGCUCCGCUACCAGAACUGGAUCCGCUCAGUGACCUUGCCAAAGCUGAUCCGGAGUCACUGUACUGGCACCGCAAGCUCGAUGCUUCGACAUCUUCCCUGACAAAGUUGGGAAUCGGUCGACUUGCCACCACAGUGGUUGCCAACGCGAUCCAAACUCAUGUCGAUCGCUUGAUCGCCAACUCUACCUUUGCCACGCAUCCGUACGCUCAGAAGCAGAUCGUCGAUGCGUGCAAUAGUAUCUUGAACGAUCGAUUCUUCAGCACUAGCGAUCAAGUUGAAAACUGCAUCAAGCCUUUCAAGUUUGAGAUUGAAGUCGAGGACCCGGAAUGGGCCAAGGGAAGGGAAAAUGUCAGCAAAGUCCUCAAGGAGGAACUCAGAGCGUGCGAGACAGCCUUCAAGCGCCUUGAAGACUCCAUCGGACGGCGCAAACUCAAGGACGUCAUGUCCUUCGUCGACAAGGUGCGAAAGGGCGAGGUCUUCCUGGAAGGAGACGGCGCCGGCGGUGCUGGUGGAUUCAGCUCCGCCUUGUUGGCCCGAGGCCGUGAGAGCGUUUUCCUCCGUGACCGAGCUGACCUUAUCAAAAUGCGGCUCCUCGCCGUUCGCUCCAAGCAAUGUUCCUCCAAGAAGAACAAAUACUACUGCCCGGAGGUCUUCCUCGACGUUGUCGCCGACAAGCUCACCUCCACUGCCGUCCUCUUCCUCAACGUUGAACUCCUCUCCGAAUUCUACUACAACUUCCCCCGCGAGCUCGACAUGCGUCUAGGCCGUCACCUCUCCGACGCCGAAGUCGAGCGAUUCGCCCGCGAAGACCCACGCAUCCGGAACCACUUAGACGUCAUCAGAAAGAAGGAACUUCUUGAAUUAGCCCUCCAGAAGAUCGAAAGCAUCCGUCAACUCGACGGACGCGAAAGAAAGAACAGGAACUCAGAUCGCCCUGUAGGUAACCGGGAACAGAGGAAUCGUGGCUGGAACCUGUUCUAAAGGGAAAAAAUAACCAAUCAUUCAACAAUCUACUUAUCGACCUAGCGGCCUACCUAUUAAUCGAUUAGACUUUCUCUUCCUUUUCUGUUGUCUACCCACCUCCCAUAUUGUGUCUUCUGAAAGCUCGGCGAUAUCUCUCGGCUCUGCUUUAUAUUUAUACCUCUUGACAUGUUAUAUCACACAGCAAGCGUAUACAUUAUAUUCUCU